AUGUGCACCACUCAAGAAGAUAUUGGAUAUGAUUUUGAAGAUGAUUCAAAAGAUAAGACGAAGACACUUAAGCCUAAUCCAAACAUUGAUGGCGGAUGGGCUUGGAUGAUUGUGCUUUCUUCCUUCCUUGUACAUAUACUCAUCAUGGGGUCACAAAUGGCCCUUGGAAUACUUAACAUGGAAUGGCUUGAAGAAUUCAGUCAAAGUCGAGGCUUGACUGCAUGGGUUAGCUCCCUUAGCAUGGGUAUUACAUUGAUCGUAGGUCCUUUCAUUGGUUUAUUCAUUAACACAUGUGGGUGCCGCAAGACAGCAAUAACUGGCGGGAUCUUGAAUGCCCUAGGCUGGGUAUUGAGUGCCUAUGCCUCAAAUGUACAUUACCUCUUCAUUACAUUUGGCGUGACAGCUGGUGUUGGGAGUGGCAUGGUUUAUCUUCCUGCAGUGGUCAUGGUAGGACAGUAUUUUCAGAAGAGAAGAGCACUAGCUCAGGGACUUAGUACCACUGGAACAGGGUUUGGAACAUUUCUAAUGACCGUUUUACUGAAGUAUCUGUGUAAGGAAUUUGGAUGGAGGAAUGCAAUGUUCAUCCAGGGUGCUGUGUCUCUGAACCUGUGUGUCUGCGGAGCGCUCAUGAGGCCACUUUCUUCCACGAAGGAUGCCAAUGAAAAGGGUGUUGAGAGAAACGAUAGUGAAGAUUAUCAUGCAAAAGCUCUGUUCCACUCCGCAAAGCCCAUAAAAUCUAAUGGGAUAUUACACGAAGAGCAAGAGGAAAAAGAAGGGCCAGCUAAUGACAAAGUGCUUGAUAACGUUCAAGCUAUGGAGUGCAAAGGUAAAAGCAGACGUGGAAAGAAUUUGUAUGCUCUUUGCAUUCUUAAGAGAGUGAGCCAGCUGACUGUUACAAUCAAGAAGGGGUUUGGAACAUGGUAUUCCAGCUACUUUGGGGCUGCAUCACUUUUUACCAAUAGAGUAUUUGUGGCUUUUGUGUUUUGGGCAUUGUUUGCAUAUAGCAGCUUUGUUAUUCCUUUUAUUCAUCUUCCAGAAAUUGUCAAACAGUAUAAUUUAUCCACACAGAAUGAUGUGUUUCCUUUGACCUCGAUUAUAGCCAUAAUUCAUAUAUUUGGUAAGGUGAUCCUUGGAAUUAUCUCUGAUUUACCCUGCAUCAGUACUUGGAAUGUCUUCCUGAUAGCUAACUUCACUCUUGUCAUCUGUAUUCUUAUUCUGCCAUUAAUGCAUACAUAUAUUGGCCUGGCAAUGGUUUGUGCCCUAAUAGGAUUUUCCAGUGGGUAUUUUUCUCUAAUGCCUGUUGUGACUGAAGAUUUAGUGGGGAUAGAGCACCUUGCAAAUGCUUACGGCAUCAUCAUUUGUGCCAAUGGGAUAUCUGCACUGCUAGGACCACCGUUUGCAGGUUGGAUCUAUGACAUCACACAAAAAUAUGAUUUUUCUUUUUACAUAUGCGGUUUGCUUUACAUGGUAGGAAUAAUCGUUUUACUCAUCCAACCUUGUAUUCAAAAGAAACAAUCAAAAGAUCAACCCACUGAUAACACAAAAGUAUAG